AUGCAAGCGUGGGAGCAGACGCAGAGCGAACAGCAAUCCGGGGACUCGUCCAUGUCGGGGAUGACAACACAGCUGCCGAUCUCCAUGCCCGUCCCGGAUCAUGUUCGACAAGGUUCAUUCCACAACUUCAAGAGGUUGCCAAACCGUAACAAUGCGAACGGGCUAUCCGAGGAGACCAACAUCUACACCGAGACUCGGAUGCUACAGGACCAAACCGGACGUCUUCUCUACAUCGGAGACGCGUCCACGCUGUCCAUAUUGCAGCUGAUCCGUAUUGUUGUUGAGAACACAGCUGGGUCGGAUAUGGGCUCACCUUUUAUCGAUGAUCCUAAGAGGCAUCGCAUACUGGAGAGCAUCAUUGAUUUCCCCGACAACGUGCGGCUUCCUAGCCCCUUACCGGACAAGGAGACUGCCGACACCUGCGGUUUGAUUGAAAUUCUGGACAGAGCUUCAUUUCUUAGGUCAGUCGAGGAGUGCUACAACGAUCCUCCGUCCGCGAGAAAUGACUUCCUCUGCAACCUCUACCUCGUCCUGGCUCUUGGCCUAUUGCUGGCUGCGCCAGCUCCGGGUAGUCGAGAGGAAGUGGUUGUGCAGAAACAGCUCGCUGCACAGCCAGACAGGGCGGAGCUCUUCUUCCGGAGCGCCAGGUCCAUGUGCGACCCCGGGGCCGGCUUCGAGGAUGACGAUUUCUGGUCCAUCCAAUCAUUGUCAUUGAUGACCAUCUACAUGCUCAUAGUCUCCAAGAGGAACAGGGCUUAUGCAUACCUAGGAAUGGCUGUCCGUUCUGCUUUCGCCCUCGGCCUGCAUCGAGAGGAGACGAUGCGGGACGUCAUCUUCACGCCAAACGAGAUGAGAGCCAGGAGGAAUCUGUGGAAAACCCUAUUUAUUCUCGACCGCUUCUUGGCUGCUACAUUGGGAAGACCGACUGCCAUCUCCGAGGAUGACUGUUCGUGCAAUAUCUUGCCGCGCAACGAUGCGGCUGAUGUUCUCGCUAUCGGUGGGCCGGGGAUUGACCACGUUCAUGCGAGCAGCCUGGAUUCUUGUGUCGAAACGUCUCAUGUCAUCGGCGUAACGCUCAAGGUCUUCUCGCGAAGAAAGAUCUCAACCACCAAGGUUCAGGAAAUAGUCGAUAUGUCCAAGAAUUGGGAGCAAGCCUCCCGGUCACAACCAUACAGGCGACAGUCUGGCGGAGGGCCUCCAAACCCGGCACAUGGAGUGGCUUCCCUUCACGUCAGCCUCCUAUCGUUACAUUCGCUCAUACUCCUUACCCGGCAGUUGUUCGUUAUGCAUAAUUGGAUGCUUGUGGAGGAACGGUCGGGCAUCAAGAAAUCGCCUCAACUUCGCGAGUCAUCGAUGGCAAGGUUUUCAGAGGCUUGUGUGAUCGCUUCUUACCGGACAAUUGAGCGAGCUCGCUGCGCAUGGGAAGAUGGCUACCUCCCACGCAGGAACCCUUUUAUCAUCCUGGUCAUUCUCAUGAAUCAGUUCUCGUCGUUGUAUUACACCGACGAAUACAACGAUACUAUGAAUGAUGCCAUAGAAAUCAUGGCAUAUUGUGCCGAAAUCGACCCACAGGCGCAGCGGGUUCUUGAUAUCAUCACGAGGUUUUCACGAGUGGUCAAUAAAUGGACGAAGGACCACGCUUAUGCGGCGCCGAACCUAUCGGACGACUUCAGCUGUCUCUACAACCAAGCCCCGCGCCAUGGGCCGGCCUCCGACCAUGCACAUCCGGGGCUCACAAUCAGCACGAACAUGCAGAGGCGAAACACUUCCCAGUCGGCCAACGGGUCGGAUCCGGGAUUGUUGACUCCGCCAUCGAUACCAAAGAUGCCAUUGCUAGGCAUAUUGUCCACGCAGGCGCCCGGUGUGGCACUUGAUGCUAGGGUGAAUGGCAUGAGCCCACCGCUCAUGCCCCCCGCCACACUUGUCGGCGGUCGCCCGAGUGUUUCGGCCCACUCGUCCAUUGCGAGCUCGGAACCACUUAGCGGAAGCGGAAACAUCGAGUUCGAAUUUGACGGUUUAUGGAACAGUUUUAUCAACCACCUCCCACCCGUCUCCUCGGUGGCUCCGAAUAUGAACAAUAUUGCUUUGCAGUUCCCGCCACCAGUCAUUGGUGCGCCAACAGAACCGUACGGUCUUAGCUGA